UGAACUCACUCAGAUUAUUGCAGACGUGGCUCAAGAUCCAACACUACCUCGGACUGAGGACCACCCUUGCCCAAAGUGUGGCCACAAGGAGGGGGUGUUCUUCCAGUCUCACAGCAUGAAGGCUGAGCGACGGCUCACCCUCAACGGCAUCUAUGAGUUCAUCAUAGGCAACUUCCCGUACUACCGAGAAAACAGGCAGGGCUGGCAGAACUCCAUCCGACACAACUUGAGCCUCAACAAGUGCUUCGUCAAGGUCCCGCGCCACUACGACGACCCUGGAAAAGGCAACUACUGGAUGCUGGACCCGUCCAGUGAUGAUGUGUUCAUCGGCGGAACCACCGGGAAACUCAGGCGCCGGUCUACCGCGGCGUCCCGAGCCAAGCUGGCCAUGAAGAGAGGCGCGCGGCUGUCUUCCACCUCCACCGCCGCCGGACUCGCGUUCGCCGGCUCGUUUUACUGGCCCGUCCCGCCGUUCGUGACGCUCCAGCAUCGUCAGCCGAACCCCGCGGCGCACCACAACAACUACGCCGCGUCGGUUCUGUCCCAAAGCUCGCGUCACUUCAGCUCGGUCGGUCCCGCAGCGGAAAGACUUCUUCUCCCGUCCGGCCAAGAGGCAGCUUACUGUGGGAUGGGUUGUGAACAGAUGACCUCCGCCUCCUCCUUCACCACAUCUGCGUCUGUGCCUCUGCCUCUGCCGCUCUCUGCGCCCUGCUCUUUUAAUGUACUCUCCAAUCAGUCCAGUUACUUUUACUCCCAUCAGGUGCCUCACACAGCGGGACUGUCGCCCUGGUCGCAGGAGGAAUCGUACUUCUCCAAAACAUCUCCUUCUGGACAAUUUUUCCCGGGAAAGCCAUCUCCUUCUUCCGAAUACAUUGGAGGACUAUGUUCAGACAUUCCCAGUUAUAUUCCUCAUUUUAACACAGCCGCCUCAAUGCACUGA